GUCGGCCGUCACAUGUUAUGCAACAUGUCUGUCAUGUCUCGUGUUAUAGAUGGAGAAGUCAAAUGUCUCCACGAACAUGGUGGGCGAGACUAUUGCAUGCAUGAGCGAAGACGUGCAUCAACAUAUCUUGAACGUCAUAGUAAGAGACGACUCUCACAAGCACUUCGUUCGCAGUCCUGGGAGAGGGGUGGCAGGUAACGAUACGAACCUGGAAUUGACAUUGCAAAUGAAAUCAGAGAGCCUCUUGGGUGUCAUUAGUGUGGCUGGCACCAAGGACGCGGAUAACGGCGAAAGGACAGGCGAUGGAGACACUCCAAUGUGCACAGUUCCGAGUGACACAAUCACCAAGACUGAAGCAGGAACGCAUUUCCUGUACGAUAUCAACUGGGAGCCCGGCAAGGUGCAGCUAGGCUUGAUCGGGGCUCAGCACUGCUUUGCCUUCAAGACCGGUGAUACAUGGGUUCCUUAUUCUCCGCCAAAUUUGGCAACAUGGCGGUAUAUAAUGGCUGCCAUUAUUUUCGACCGACUGACAAGGCUGAAUGACGGCGUUGCACUUCUAGAUCUGAUCAAAAGCACGCAUGUCCUUUGCGAGGCGUUGGCAGAAAGGGGGGGGUUACGGCUCAAUGACUUCUUUUACGAUCAUGAGGAGUGCUCCCAACAAUGGGUGAUUUCUGAUAGCAACCGGGUUGGGGAGGGAGUGUGUAAGGAGAAUGAUGCAAGGCGGGAUGUGUGGUGGGGUUGGGUGCCAUCAAACAUUCCUUGUGAAUAUGGGGAGAUAAGGAUGCUUGUGCGCGAUCUCAUGGGGAACUGUUGGAGCAUAGUUUAUGUAAAUGGGGAGUUCUUGUCUCGUUGUUUGGAGUAUGAGAUGGCGGAGUCCGUUGAUGCUGCGACAGGGAGACGUCUGAUCCCACUGCAGAACCCCGUGUUUUCGCCAAUUGUAGAGGGGAAAAUUUUUUCUGGGGAAGACAACAUUUGUCUGCGGCACAUCGGAGGAAGGGAGGUCACUUAUGAUGGUAUCUUCGUUGAGGACCGUCAGAUGGUGUUGUGUGGAUAUGACGGUCGUGAGGAUGAGAACAUGUGCGGACUGCAGGCUGCUGGUGCGGGCGCAUACAUCUUUGCAGAUUAUCCUGAUAACUGUCUCAACCGCAUUCGCCGCAGACACGGGCGGUCAGCACUACUUGGAUGGGUACCCGUUGUCUGUCCCAUGCAUUAUGCCUGCGGGACAGACCUGUCCAUGGAGUUCAGAGACCCUCUGGGUGUUCCGUUUUUGGUGACGUACUCCGAUGGUUUGCUGCGGCACAUAGAGUACAUGGCAGGGGAGGACAAAGGGAACAAUGAGAAUGCGGGGAUUGGAGAACAUCAGUCCGAAGAGACGAGACAACCGGCAGGCGAGGUGAACGGACCCCCACACGACGGCCCCGGGGGAUGCGACGUUGACGGUCCGGCUGCAGACUCGGGUGCAGGAUGUGCUGUUGUUGGGAGGAGCGCGCCGGUGACCGGCGCAGUGUGCACCGAUGGCAGCAGGCGGACGGCCCAAGGAACAAAGCAGAAGACAACAAGCAAACGCGACAACGAGGGGACAACGAUGGUACGAGGGAGAGGCGGUCGAGGUAAGGGACGGGGGGGCGGGGCACCACUGGGGGGGGGGGGGGGAAGGGGAGGGGGGGGGGGCCGGGGGGGGGCAGCAAUGGAUGGUGACACAGGCCGGAAAAUUGGAGGGAGUCAAGGGCCGCCGAGGCGCAAUCGCCGACCCGGAGAGGCUGCUAUGGCAGAGAUGUGCCGACUGCAACGCAGCACAGAACUUUGCAUCCCUUAUAGACCGUUUGUGAGGCUUGUGCGCGACAUUGUCAAGAAAAAAGAGGUCGCAACAGAGCCUGUGUGGUUCGGGAUGCUUGCCAUUCGAGCACUUCUGGAGGCAGCUGAAGCCUAUGUUGUGCAUCUUAUGGAGAGCACGGACGAGGUUGCAAUCCAUUCGAAGCGGGUCACGAUCUUGCCCCGAGAUAUGAGGCUCGUUGACGCAUUGCAAAAACCGCGUUGGCAAGUUUUCACCAAGGGCAUCCUCGACGAGAAAGAGUUGAACAGACAACAACAGGAGAGGAGGAGGGCGAACGCUGAUGAGAUGAACAAACAACAAGCAGCGCCCGGGUCUGCUGAACAGCAAGGGAGAGGGGAGGCAAGGGGGGCAAAAAUGACACCGAUGACGGCGGAUCAAGUGGAGAGAGCGGAGAGAGAGGUAAUGAGAUACGCAACAGAGGGAAUCCACUACUACAAUGACAAGGAGCUGGAUUUGUUACGGCAAAGAGCGCCGGCGUACUUUGACACGAGGGUUGACGUUCAGCAGUCAGUGGCGGCAAACGGAGACAGGUCAAUGAGAGCACAACAGUUGCUGUUGCGCUUAUCUCAAAAUGCCGACGUGCAUGACGACCACAUCAUGACGGAGUGCUCUGCGAACACUCUUCACGGAGUUGUGGACUGGAUGUGCAACGACCAAGACAUCGACAUGACGAAAAGAGAGGGAGGAGGUUCGUACGACACGGCGGCAUUCAAGAAGUUUGUGAGAUUCCAGGCGAGGAAAAAUCAAAUGUUGAAGACAGGGGGUGGUGAAGAAUUGAAGCCGAACGCUGCGGAGAUAUUGGCGCUGAGCAGGAUGAACGAGGAGGCACAAAGAGAUCCUGUCGACUACCAUGAACUGACGACAAUGGUGGUGGACGGUGUCGAGUAUGUGCUACUUGACCAGAUUGUGGACUUCAUGAAGAGUGGAGGCGAGGACAAGAACCUCAUUCAUGAGGCAUUGCAUGAGGUGACGGAGGACGCAAUAGCAGCAACUGAGGUUGUCGAUGUCGAGUGCGUAAAGGAUCGCACACUCGACCUUGUAUCGGGAGAUCCUGUGCCCCAAGGGAACAUAUUCGAGGCUGUAGAGAAGCUCACCGCGGCAUUGACGGACGUGGACAAGAGGAGGAAGAGAAAGCAAGGAUGGGAAAUUGUUGCCCGAGAACACAAUAACGCAAGGAUACACACAAAAGACAUAACAGUGCAGGACGUAGGUGGCGCAGUAUCUCUCCCGGAUGUGACGACCGUGUUGAAGAAUCCUGCUGCGGAUGCCCGGACUGUCCAUGGCGGAUUCAGAGAGUGGAGAUUGGCACCCAUACGUCCUUCAGGUAGAAUGCCACUCAUCACGAGGAACAACACUGACCUAUCAACAGUGACAGGAGACGUGACCACGAGAAGAGGAAAACGAUCAAGAACAAUACGAAUGCAAACAACAGAAGGGAACAACCCUGGUCGUGAGAGCGUGGCCGACGUCACGAUGGAGAGUAAUCGAGAGAAAGCAAUACCGAGGAAAGAAGACCAUGUUGAGUGCAACGAAGUGGAAAUGCAAAAGCUGGACAAGGGAGCGACGCACACGGAGAAGAGCCCAGAAGCCACAAUGACAGAAGCCGAAGAAACAACAGAGAGGACAGCGACGAAUUGCAGAAUAAUGACAAUGGAGGCUAUGUUGGAGAGAUGGGAGCACCUGUCAUGGAAGGGCCCGUGGUACAACAGGAUGUACUUGUAUGCGACAAGGGGAACAAUCCGGUCAGCGAAUCUGGGACGUUCAGAGUCGUGUGGGAAGACGAGACAGGGAAAGAAGUGCGAGAACACAUCAAGCUCGUCGGACGGGUUGGAGGUUAUUGACGAGUCCAACAUAUAUCCACUCACAUGGAAAGGCAGAAGGGAGGAGAUUCGACUGGGGGAGGCCGAUGUGAUGUGCUUGGCCGUUGGGAAGUGGCUCAAUGACAAUGUAAUGGACAUGUAUUUGCAGUCAGUAUACGAAGAGCAAUGUCAAGGUAAGGACACCGCAGAAGUGCAUGUGUGCACAACGUUUUGGAAUCCGCAAUUGCUCGCUAAUCAGCAAGGUGACACAGCGAAAAGAGGAUGGGAGUUGCGUGUGAAGAGUCGGACGACCAAAGUCCAUCGACAAUGUAAAGACCCCGAGGUUGCACCGGUUGUGCUUAUUCCAAUUAACCACAAGCAUCAUUGGAUGCUGCUCAUAUUGUUGAGUGUAAGGGAGUUUUGGACCGACGACACAUGCCCCAACGCCAUAAUCGUCGACUCGUGUCAAGGGUAUGCAAGUUCGGAUUGGAAGGCGUUGCGGACAUUAUUGUGGCAUGAGUACCUCAACGACAACAGAAGGGGUCCGGAUGUCACACGGCAACUGGUGGACAAGUCGUGGAACACUUGCAGAGACCGCAACAUCGAAAAUCCGAAGAGGAGGAGAAUCAUUGAGGGGGUGGGAGAGGAGAAGGAGGCAAUUCAUCUGAGGGGUUCCGAUGGUGUCGAGGCAGGCGACACCGGAAAACGAGACGUGUCACGGGACGCAGUCCGUAAGACACAACAGUCCGACCCGCACGAUGAUACCGAGGGCAACGGUGGACGUAGCGAGGGCACAUGCAACGAAGGAGAAUUGUAUGGAGAAGAUGCGAGCAACGAAGAGGAGAACAGCGACAGUGGGUCCCGCAACAACCAGGAUGGCGAUGACGACGAUGAAGAGGAGGAAGAUCGAUCCCGGAGCAGCGACACAGAAGAAAGAUGUAGCGAAGACGAUACACAAAACACGUCUCGAAGAACGCAUGGAGGAACAAGUGACGGACGCAGCGAGGAAAACAACGUGGACAAGCAGUUAGUCCUGAAGGAGAAGGCAAACGAAGGACGCCGACACAUAUUACAAGGAGGGAGACAGCGCAAGGACGACACGAAAGUGGCCAAGCAAUCGGGGGUUGUCACAAGAGAGGAAAGCGAAUUAUUUGGGAAAAAACAAAAAGGCAGACUGUUGAGGUCCGUCGCGAAAGCUUUUGUGCACUCAACAGCGAAGGACGCAACUUUCUACCCUUCAGAGGACGACUUCUUCAAUGCGGUGCAGUUGGCUGCUACCCUUUUGGGAGAAGAUGUAAGGGCAGGAUGGGGUAAUCAUGUAGAGAAGAAGGGUUUGCGGAAUGUGCUCAUAGAGUGCAACCGAAUGAUGACAAUGGGCUCAUAGAAUGCAACCGAAUGAUGACACUGGUUCUGGGCAGAGAGAGGUGUCCCCCUCGUACGCGGCGCACAGACGGAUCA